GGCCUUACAGAUUGGUAUGCUGAUGAUUAGGGUUCGAAACUCCAUACCGCAUUAGAUCUUUAAUAAAAUCAAAUUGGAAGCUGUGCUAGGGUUCGAAUCUCCGCAACCUUACCCAAAAUUCUGAAUUUCCCAAGCAAGAAGAAGAAGAAGAAGUAGCAAUGGAAGAACUUCAAUCUCCACCAGAACCAUCAUCCACUGACAUUACCUCCAACAAAGGGAAGAAGAAGAAACCACCGGCUAAGGAGAAGAAGGAACCGGAGAAAAGAGCUAAGAAGACUUCCAACAAAGGGAAGAAGAAACCACCGGCUAAGGAGAAGAAGGAACCGGAGAAAAGAGCUAAGAAGAAGACACCGGUGACUGCUACUGUUGUUACUGCUACUACUUCUACUGAAGUCAACAAACACCAAUCUACUGCUCGUUUAGAUGAUGUUGUCCCCGAGGUUAAGGUUUCAGAGUUUGAUCCUUGUGUUGAAAAUCAUUUUAGAGCCAUGGAUGCAAUUGUUGAGCUCUGUUGUGAAGCAGAGGAUGGCGAUGGUGGAAUUGACGAAAGUGACAUUCAGCGCUUUUCAUCAUCCACAAUUUUCUUGAGGGAAUGGAGGUUCUACAAUUAUGAGCCGAAAACUAUCAAGUUCGCUAAUGAUUCGAGAGGGCCUGAGGGUAAGGAUGCUGACAUCACGAUAGACUUACCACAGUUUUCUUCUGCAGCUGUUCUAAAGAAAGGAGCACCGCCUGGAGCCUCUACAUCUCUGGAUUUUCGAAACUUUGCUAUGCAUGUCGGUGGGCCUGUUUGGGCCAUAGAUUGGUGUCCUCAAGUUCAUGAAAGGACCAACUCCCUUAUCAAAUGUGAGUUUAUUGCUGUUUCUGCUCAUCCACCUGGUUCUUCUUAUCACAAGAUGGGUAUCCCGCUCACAGGAAGAGGUAUGGUACAGAUAUGGUGUUUAGUGCAUGGCACCGAAAGCUAUGAACCGAUCGAUGUAGGAGAGCCUCCUUCAGAUUUAUCAUCUCAGCCAAAGAGGCCUAGAGGAAGGCCACCAGGGCGAAAGGAAAAGGGGGCAUCGGUCUUGCCAUCUCAACCGAAGAGGCCUAGAGGAAGACCUAAAAAGGAACAAAAAGAAUCCAAUGACAAGAAGAAAGGUGACAAUUGCCAACUUGUUCAGGAAUUUUCUAUGGAAAACCCAGUUGGUUCAUCCAACUUGCUUGAGAUUGAUGGUGUCCCCAAAAAUACUGAAAAUUUUGUAUUACUGGAAAACAAUGUUGAACGAGAGAGUAGUACCUUACAAGAAGUUUCUACAUGCCAUUCUGAAGAUGAAGUUCCUGCUAAGAAAAGGAGAGUGAGAAGAAAAGUUAAACCUAGGAAUCUUGUUGAUGACGUGGGAGUGUUAUCACCCAAUUCUGAAGAUGAAGUUCCUGCUAAGAAAAGGAGAGUGAGAAGAAAAGUUAAGCCUAGGAAUCUUGUUGAUGACGUGGGAGUGUUAUCACUUGCAGAGUAUCAAGAAGAUGGAUCCAUUGCUAACAAUCAUGAGGCGAAUGAGAAUGUUAAGAGUGAAUAUUCUGGGGAAGACAAUCUGUUAUGCAAGGACAUUUCAGAGAAUGUUGUCUUAGACGCUAGCUCAAUUGAAUUUUCUAUUCCUGAGAGUGUUGCUUUGCCAAGAGUCGUACUGUGCUUAGCUCACAAUGGAAAGGUAGCAUGGGAUUUGAAAUGGAAGCCAAUGAAUGCAUGUACUGACAAUUGCAAGCACCGAAUGGGCUACCUUGCUGUCUUGCUGGGCAAUGGAUCUCUAGAAGUCUGGGAGGUUCCUUUUCCCCAUGCAGUGAAGGCCAUCUAUUCUAAAUUCAAUGGGGAGGGUACUGAUCCUCGCUUUAUGAAGUUGAAACCUAUUUUCAGAUGCUCGAGGCUGAGAACUACAAAUACACAGAGCAUCCCUCUGACAGUGGAAUGGUCUCGAACUCCUCCUUAUGAUUAUCUACUCGCUGGAUGUCACGAUGGAACGGUCGCAUUGUGGAAGUUCUCUGCGAAUAGUUCUUGUGAAGAUACGAGGCCUUUACUUCGUUUUAGUGCAGAUACAGUUCCUAUAAGAGCGGUUGCAUGGGCACCAAGUGAAAGUGAUCUUGAAAGUGCAAAUGUGAUACUUACUGCUGGUCAUGGAGGUUUAAAAUUCUGGGACCUAAGAGAUCCUUUCCGUCCCUUGUGGGACCUUCAUCCAGCACCGAGGAUUAUAUAUAGUCUGGAUUGGCUUCCUAAUCCUAGAUGCGUUUUUUUAUCCUUUGAUGAUGGAACAUUGAGACUUCUCAGUUUGCUAAAGGCUGCAAAUGAUGUUCCAGCAACUGGCCGACCCUUUACAGCGAUAAAACAAAAAGGUUUACACACUUAUAUUUGUUCAUCAUAUGCCAUCUGGAGUAUUCAAGUGUCCAGGCAGACAGGCAUGGUUGCAUACUGUGGUGCUGAUGGAGCUGUUGUCCGUUUCCAACUUACUACGAAAGCAGCGGACAAAGAGAAUUCACGCCAUCGCACCCCACAUUAUGUAUGUGAAUACUUAACCGAGGAGGAAUCAAUCAUUACAUUCCGCUCGCCACCACCAAACGUUCCAAUCCCUUUGAAGAAGCUGUCCAACAAAUCUGAACACCCACUGUCCAUGCGAGCUAUUUUAUCUGAUUCAGUGCAGUCUAACGAAGAUAAAACUGCCACAGCUUCAACGUUGGAAAAUGAAGCAACCAUUUGCUCGGAUGUCGAUGUCCGUGUUGAAUCUGGAUCUGAGGAUACACUGACACCCACCAAGAAGAAGAACCGAACUCAACCGAAGUGCAAGGAGGGAGUUGAGAAGCUAGAAUUAGAAUGUAGCGAUGAGCCUAAAGAUGAUGCACAUAUGGAUGCUGACGUAGAUGCACAAACAGAUGCUGUCUUAGAAGCACAGAUGGAUGCUGACGCAUUGCCUACUUCGGGGGAUCACUUUGAAAAUCUCCCUCCCAAAUCAGUUGCAAUGCAUAGAGUGAGAUGGAACAUGAACAUAGGGAGUGAAGAAUGGUUGUGCUAUGGUGGGGCAGCUGGAAUUCUACGCUGUCGGGAGAUAGUGCUGUCGGCCCUCGAUAUGAAGUUGAUGAAGAAAAAAUGAAAUUAAUUUGAAAAAAAAUGGCUUUCUAAAAAUGUUUAUGGGCAGCUGAUUUUCAUGAUGCACAACUUAUGCUCUUGCUCAGUUCUUUGUACAGUUGUGAUCGGAGAAGCCAUUUCGAAUUGCAAUAAUUGUUAUUGCCAUCGACCCGUGGUGCUUUCAUCCUCGACAGGCUUAAAUUAGAGGAGCAGCUAAACGAAUAAAAGAGCAUGACCUUGCGAUAGCAGAAGACCAAUAACUAGGAAGGUUAUUUAAGGGAAGUUCAAGAGCCUAAGCAAACAGCAAACUUGAUUUGGUUUUUGGGUUCAGGUGAAAUGGAAUGGGCAGCAGAUAUCGAUUUUUAUUCUUACGAGUUAUGAAUAGUUGGAGGAACAUCAGCAGUCAUGGUUAACUAAACUGUUAUCUUUUAGCCAAUUAUGUAUUCUAAAAUAACUAACACAGAGCUCGCCUCCUUAGCUAAUGGGUUUCGGGUUCAGUAUGUCGUUAGGCAGUUCGGGUAGAAGAGGUUCUAGUAAAUAAGGCUAUUAUCUGAGCUUGAUUAUUUUCUUAUUUAUAUGUAAUCUGUUUUUCUUAACUCUUUUAUUUUGUAAAUGAGCUUUUAAAUAUUGUAUUCCUCCCAACUUUGUAUCGGUAUGCAUAAUUUUACGAGGCUCUUUAAGAGUUUAAAAUAAAUUAUCAGUAUGAAUCAAUUUUAUGAAUCUUCAA